UCGCAUGGCUCGGACGUGCCAGUUCGUUCCUGUUCGUUCCUCUCUCGCGUCUCCGCGCGCCGCUCUCACCAGUGCGCCAACUUUAAAAUGUUCCUCUCGCGAAACCAGUUACCAGUGAUUGAUAAAGCAAGUGACUGAUGAAGUUGCGGAAUAAUAAAACAUAAAUAGUUAUAAGCAAACUUUGGAUUUGUCCCGUAUUGGUGAUUAUGCGAUGUGAUUAAUAGUUCUGAUGGUGUUGGGCGAUGUUUGCGCGCGGGCGCUGCAGAAGGCGGCGCUACUGGUGUGCCUGCUGCUGGGCGCACUGGCGCCGCAGCGGCUGGAGCCGUGCGCCAACAGCCCGCUGUGCUCCUGCCGCGCCGCGCACAUGUCCUGCAUCGCCGUGCCGCUGCACAGGUUCCCAGAAUGGCCGCGAAUAGAACUGCAACAUUUGGACAUAAGUAUGUCAAAUCUGGAAGUGUUACCUGAAAGUGCAUUGGACGGUUUACGAUUACAAACUUUAGUUUUAGUAGCUAACAAAUUGCACCACAUCGAAUUACAUGCAUUUAGCUCUAUGGCUGGUACUCUAGCCUCGCUAGACCUCAGUUACAACGAAUUUACUGAAAUACCGCAGCAAGGCUUGAAAGAUUUAAAAGUUUUAAACUGGUUAAAUCUGCAGAACAAUAACAUAGCGCAUGUUGGAGCUGAAGUUAGAUGGCAUCACCUGGAAGAAACGCUGACUAGUUUGUCGUUGAGCAACAACCAAAUCACUCACCUGAAGGCGCAAGCCCUGACGACCCUGUACCACCUGUCGCAACUAGACCUGGACGGCAACCAUCUCCGCACCAUCAGUCCUGAAUCCCUACCAGCCUCCAUCACAAUCCUAAAGCUAUCAAACAACUUCUUACACGAAGUCUCGUGCGACUUACUUUUUAAUCUUCCCAGAUUACAGUCCGUACAUUUGCGGCAUAAUUUUAUUACUUUCAACAUUAAUUCCACUUGUUCGAGCAACAGAAACAAAAAGAUUGAAAAGUUAGACGUAAGUAAUAAUAAAAUUAAUGACUCCUCAGAUAUUCCAGUGCUGAGAGAAAUUCAAAUUAGACAAAUUAUAUUAGAUCUUAACGAACUUACUGUUAUACCGAGACUAGUGUAUACCAAUAACAGAAUUGAGAAAUUGUCUGUUUCAUACAACAAAUUGAGUUCAAUUUAUCGGGACGUAUUUUUGUCGUUGAGAAACUCACUGGAGCAUCUGGAAGUGGAGCACAACAAAUUGUCUCACUUGCCGGACAGCCUGGCCCAGGUCGCGCGGCUCCGCCAUUUAUCGCUGGCUUACAACCAGCUGGAGGAGUCCCCUCCCCUCCCCAGCCGGAUUCAGACGCUCUCACUCGCCGGCAACUUUUUAACUUCAAUACCCACUGCACUUCAAACGCUGGAACCCGGCUCCAUUCGUUAUCUCGACUUAAGCUACAACAGGAUAUCUAAUUUGUUACCCAACGAAUUCCUAUACUGGACCACUUCUCUCGGUACCAUCAAUUUGAGGGGUAACAGGAUUGCGCAGAUUUAUAAGAAUGUUUUUCCGGCAACAAUGCCAGUAAAGGAGAUUAAUCUGAGCUUUAACGACCUGUACUAUGUGCAUCCACAAUCUUUUUCCAACGUAACUAGCUCCUUGCAAGUAUUAGAGUCGUCUUCGACUCUUUUCAGCGGUUAUUUUCCGUUUGAAGUGGACGAAGGUCUGGAAAAUCUUAACGUUUUAUCGUUUGAUAAUAACGAUUUUCAUAUCCUUCGGUUAUCGGAUAUUUCUACAUUUCCGUAUCUAAAAUAUCUGAACUUAGAUUACAAUAGGAUCGUAGAUAUUGUUGUAGACGACGAUUAUCAAAACAUUUCAUUACCUUUGAGUAAUAUUAGAAUAGCGUACAACUUUUUGAGUUCGCUGCACAGUCGCACGUUCGCGUAUAUGCCGGACUUAAGGAACUUGGAUUUAUCUUAUAACCGCAUCAAUAACUUAACUAAGCACAGUUUCACAAACUUACCAAACUUGAGAUAUUUAUCUCUUGCGGGUAACAUAAUCGAUUCGAUGGAAGCUGAGACCUUUGCUAAUUUACCGAAAUUGGAAAUAUUGGAACUCCAAGGCAACAACUUCACUUAUUUAUCAGUAAAUUCGUUUUAUAACGUUUCACAUCCAGAUAUAACGUUUACUUUGAACGUUAGCCGAAAUCACAUUAAAUAUAUCGACGGAGACUCCACGAUAUCCAUUAACAUAUUUGACGGUUCGUAUAACGAAUUCCAAGAUGUGCCAAACAAUUUCUUUAUGAACAUAGAAUCUUCAAUACGACAAAUUAUAUUAUCUCAUAAUAAGAUCACCCAUAUUAACAGUGAAGCAUUCGGAGAGUCGAUGUAUUUGGAAAUUCUAGAUUUACACAAGAAUAAUAUUAAUAGUAUUAAAAGAAAAUCUUUUUCUGAUCUUAUAUCUGUGCAAAUAUUGGAUCUCUCGUUUAAUAUAAUUUCUCAGAUGUCCGUAGAGCAAUUUUGUAAUUUAAAUAAAUUAAGAUAUUUAAAGUUAGAUCAUAAUAAUAUACGGUUACUUCCAAGAGAUGUGUUUAAAAACACUAUAAUAGAGCAUUUAGAUUUGAGUCACAACGAGAUAUCGCUGUUCCCCGUCACGGCGCUGUCCCAGAUCGGCUUCACGCUGCGGUACCUCGACCUGUCUCGCAACAGGAUCGAGUACUUAGAUAGCAACAUAUUCCGGAACACGCAAUUCCUAUUAAAUUUAAAUUUAGGCCACAAUUUGCUAACUGUAUUAUCUGAUAACACGUUCUCGAGCCUCGGAGGGCUGCGCGAACUGGACCUGGGGUUCAACUCUAUAAAAGCAAACUUUAAGGAACUGUUUCACAACCUCCCCAACUUGAGGCAUUUGAAUCUUGCAAAUGUAAGUUUAAAGUCAGUGCCUUAUCUACCUUUGACAAACUUAACUAGUCUCAAUCUAACUUCAAAUUACAUAAACAGUUUUAAAGAGACUGAUGUUAAACGAUUAGGGAACCUUCGCAGUUUAGAUCUAAGUCAUAAUCGUCUUACCUCUCUAGUGCCAAAGAUGUGGAUACAUUUAACCAAUUUGAACGUACUCGAUGUAUCAUUCAACCCUAUAGUGAGAAUCACGCCAAAUAGCUUCAAGUGGUUGAAUAAUUUGUCUCAUUUGAAUUUAAAUGGACUUAAAUACUUAGACAUAGUUGACCAAGAUUCCUUCCGUCCCCUAAUAUCUUUGAGAUCGUUGCAUCUCCAGUCGUGGUCCACCAUAAACCACUCCACAUUCCGCAUUUGUAACAUCACCUCGUCCCUGCCAUCCCUGUACAAGUUAGUGAUACACUGGACGGAUAAUGUCAUGGACACGCAGCUCCAUGGGGUCGACGCGAGAAACAUCCGCUACUUAGAAAUAAGAGGCGCGAACCUGAAGCGAAUAAAUGAUGAGGCAUUCGAAUCAUUUGCCAGCAGCCAAGAAAUAUUCAUCAAGAUAACUGCUACAUCUCUGACGAAACUACCGACGGAGUUUAUGAAACAUUUAGGGCAGAUUCCGCAAUUGGGCGUCGACUUAAGUUAUAAUCAACUCACGACACUUAAUCCUGCCAUCUUCUAUCCAAAUUUCACGAGCUGGAGUCACGUAGCAACUAAAUUACUAUCGGGUGGUCUAAUACUGACUGGCAACCCUCUCCGCUGCGAGUGCGAGCUAGCUUGGCUCGGGGCUUGGCUCCGUCGAUGGCUACAAGAGAACGAGGCGGGGACGGAGCUCCGUCGGGCCGUCCGCAGCGCCACCUGCAAAGACCAAAAUGGCCGCCACGUGCCGUUACUUCAGCUGCGCGCCGACGAGGCAGAAUGCCACGCCAGCGCUCUCUCCAGCGACGCCCAACCAAACUACACCGACGUAGUUUACACAGUCGUCAUAGCUCUCUGGACCCUCAUCCUUAGAUGAUACCACGAUAACCAUUGCUACACUUUAGAUAACUUGUAAAUAUGUUUCAAUCACAAGGUCUAUAGUAAAAUUACUUAAUUGGACGGACUGUAGUUGAAAACAAUUUUAUACACGGUACAACUGGAAUAUUAUGUAGGUAAUGUCGGCGUGUAUAGGUAGUGUAAUUAAUAAGAGUUCAUCUAAUGCAUGGAAUUCUCUAAGGAACGUGUUUUCUAAUAAGGUGUGUGUAAAUGUAAAUUAAUCACGUUUUGUUUUAUUAAAGUCAAUUAAUAGU